AUAGCUAGCUAUAGAUCAUGGUUAACAUUUUCGAUGCCGUAACGCCAUUGUUACAUGGUCUAAUGAAGCUAACCGGCGUAACUCCAAAAUCAAUAGAAAUCGAGCCCGGAACAAUAAUCAAAAUCUGGCUUCCUAAACAACAAACCAAACCGGCCAUAGUUUUCCUUCAUUGUUUCUCCAUGGACGGAAUCUUCAAUUGGUUUCCUCAGGUAUUGUCCUUAUCCAAUCGUUACUCGGUCUAUGUCCCGGACCUCCUAUUCUUCGGUGGCUCCACCACGGACCAACCGGAGAGGUCUGCCGGAUUUCAGGCACAAUGCAUGGCCCAUGCACUAAGGAAAGUUGGUGUCGAAAAAUGUACGAUUGUCGGGCUUAGUUAUGGAGGAAUGGUUGGGUUUAAAAUGGCCGAAUUGUAUCCGGAUUUGGUUGAUUCUAUUGUGGUGUCCUCAACUGUUAUGGAGUUGACGGAGACUAUAAGUAAUGAUGCAUUUCAAAGGCUUAACAUAACAAACUGGUCGGAGUUUAUGUUGCCGGAGACCGUUGCCGGAGUUAAAAAUUUGUUCUCCGUUUCUUUUCGUACAAUGAAUUGGCUGCCUAGUUUCUUCUACAAACAUCUUCUUGAGGUGACUUCAAGGAAUAAGAAGGAGAAAAUUCAACUUUUGGAAGCUCUAGUGGUUAAAGAUAAUGAUAUUGUUCCCCAAUAUUCACAGAAAAUAUGUCUUCUUUGGGGAGGCAAAGAUAAGAUUUUUGGGCUGGAAGUUGCUCGUAACAUCAAAGAGAAAUUAGGGGAGAAAGCAUGUUUAGAGUAUAUUGAGAAAGGUGGGCAUCUACUCCAAAUUGAAUGGCCCUUUGCCUAUAAUACUUCUCUUAAUAAAAUUCUUGACUCACUCUAUCCUAAUCAAUUAACCAAAUAAAUUAUUUUUAGAUUAUUUAUUCUUAGCCUCUAAUUUCUAUCCACUUUUUUUUUUUCCAAUAAUAUUAUUGUCUUCAUGAAUGUUAUGUGUAACCUUAGGAUAUUGUAGUUGUUUUAUGAUUAUAAUGUUUUCCUUUCUUUUUCUUUGUACUUUUCUUUAAGAAGGUUAUAUAUAUCUAUCUAUAUAUAUAUGAUGUUAUUUUCUUUGUACUUCCUUUAAGAAAUUUCAAAG